AUGCUAGGUCCUCUGGGAACUUGUCCAAUGUUGCCACAGCGGGUGGCCGUGCAGCUGGUACUCGAGAGAUCAGUGUUGGCGCUGUCCUUGGACACGGAGCCAAACAUCCGGGAACUGAUCGAGGUGGAUGAUGUGAUGGAGGACGGUUCCCUGCGCUUCGGUCCCAAUGGAGGACUGGUGUUUUGCAUGGAGUACUUCGCCAGUAACUUUGAGUGGCUGGAGAACUGCCUUGGCCAUGUCGAGGAUGACUGCAUCCUUUUUGACUGUCCAGGUCAGAUCAAGUUGUACACACACCUGCCCGUGAUGAAACAGCUGGUUCAGCAGCUGGAACAGUGGGAGUUCCGAGUCUGUGGAGUGUUUCUUGUUGAUUCUCAAUUCAUGGUGGAGUCUUUCAAGUUUAUUUCUGGCAUCUUGGCAGCCUUGAAUGCUAUGGUAUCUCUAGAAAUCCCGCAAGUUAACAUCAUGACAAAAAUGGACCUGCUGAGUAAAAGAGCUAAAAAGGAAAUUGAGAAGUUUCUAGAUCCAGGCAUGUAUUCUUUAUUAGAUGAUUCUACAAGCAACUUCAGAAGCAAAAAAUUCAAAAAAUUGACUAAUGCCAUAUGUGGGCUGAUUGAUGACUACAGCAUGGUCCGAUUUUUGCCUUCCGAUCAAUCAGAAGAAGAAAGCAUGAACAUUGUAUUACAGCAUAUUGAUUUUGCCAUUCAGUACGGAGAAGACUUGGAAUUCAAGGAAACCAAGUUAAUUUCUGAUGAUUUAGAUUUGCCAGGGCCAGAGAACGGCGCAGAGGGAAAGACCAUUCUCUGCCUCCCCUAG